UGCUUGCCUUCUCCUCUCACCCCCUUGGGCUAUUCCACUUGCUGCACAGUAGCGGUGCUUCACUGCCCGGCACCGCUUUUUCGGCCACUCUCUCGUGAGUUGGCGCCCCACCGCAUCCGUCUCUAAGUCUGAGACUUCCCCCGGCUGACCCUUCGUCACCACCUUAGACUCUUUUGCCCCAUCCGGCAAAGCAAAAACAAAAAAAACCCAGAGUUCUCAAAAACCAAAAACCUUAGUUCACUUACUUUCCCCUCCUGUUUUCUUGGAUCAAAGGUAUUCAUCUAUCUUCCGAGGAAACCCCGAUCUCCCUUGUUGGCCACUAUGUCUCAGGUUGAUACUCCCGUCGCCGCCGCCACCACUGCCACCGGCCAGGCUGCCGCCGGUCAGGGCGCUGCCCAGGCUGCUGGCCCGAUCACCCAUGCUCCGGGUGCCGAUGCCCAGGCCAUGACCAUGUCUGCCUCCCUUUUCUGUGGUAACCUCGACCCGCAGACCAACGAGUCUGAUCUCUUCGAGGUCUUCCGCAACAUUGGCUCCAUCGCCUCCAUUCUCGUUGUCCGUGACCAGGUCACCCGUGUUUCCAAGGGCCACGCCUACAUCAACUUCUACAAGUACGAGGAUGCCCAGAAGGCCAUCGAGUCCUUUGCCUACCACCGCAUCCGCGACCGCAAGAUUUCUCUCAUGUGGGUCCAGCGCGACCCGUCGAUCCGCAACUCCGGUGUCGGCAACCUUUUCAUCCGCAACCUUGGCCCCGAGAUCGAUGAGAAGCUCCUGGUCACCCUUUUCUCCGACGUCGGCAAGAUCCUUUCCUGCAAGGUCCCCACCGACGAGAAUGGCAACUCCCGCGGCUAUGGCUUCGUGCACUUCGAGAAGCAGGAGGACGCCGACAUCGUCAUCCGUGACUACAACAACUCCGAGUUCAACAAGCGCAAGGUCACCAUCGAGCACUACAUCCCCCGCUCCAACCGCCCGGCCCGCCGUUUCACCAACCUCUACGUGAAGCACUACCCCUCCACCUUCACCGAGGACGACCUCGUCGAGCUGUUCUCCCCCUUCGGUACCAUCACCAGCCUGUGCAUUGCUCGUGAUGAGAAGACCGAGAAGCCUCGUGGCUUUGCCUUCGUCAACUUCGAGACCUACGAGAUGGCCAACAGCGCUCUCGAGGCUCUGCACAACAAGAAGGAGUUCCCCGCCGAGGAUGGCGACGACAAGCCCAUGAAGCUCUUCGUCAGCGAGUUCCAGUCCCGCAGCACUCGUGUCCAGGCCCUGAAGACCGUGCGCGAUGCUCGCCUGGCCCAGAACAAGCGCCAGUUCGCCCGUUGCAACCUCUACGUUCGUGGCUUCCCCGACACCUUCACCGUCGAGGACCUGAACGCCGUUUUCUCCAAGUUCGGUGACAUCAUUUCUUCCGACAUCCCCAAGAACCCCGAUGGCACCUCUCGCUGCUUCGGCUACGUCUGCAUGCACAACUCCGAGGCCGCCACCGAGGCCAUCAAGAACCUCCAUGACAAGACUGUCGAUGGCAUUACUUUCUACGUUGCCCACCACCAGGCCAAGAACGAGCGCGACUCCCAGCUCAGCACCAUGAUGCCGGGUGUCAACUCGCCGAUGUUCGCCGCGCACCACCCGCCCGGCUUCAUCCCCAUGCACUUCCAGUCGGUUCCCUUCCCUCUUGGGCAGAUGCCCCCGGCCCCGGGCGCCUACCCCCCGCAGGUGGUCAUGUUCAACCAGAGCCGUGUUGUCCCCCAUGCCGGCCCCUAUGCCCCGGCCUUCAACGCCCCCCACGGCGGCCGCAACAACCAGCCUGGCUACGUCUUCCCCGCCAACGGUGCCGUUGCCAACCCCGGUGCCGGUCAGCGCCGUGGUGGUGCCCAUGCCCAGCCCCGUGGUGGUCGUGACAACCGUCGCAACAACAACAACGCCGCCGGUGGCAACCAGCCCCGUGGCAAGAACACCGGCAACCGUGGCCAGCAUGCUGGCCAGGCCGCCGCCGCCACCGCCGCCACUGCCGCCGCCACCACCCCGGCUGCUGCCGCCGCCCCGGCCGCCACCACUGCCGCCACCUCCACCGAGCCCUCUCUGCCGGCCAAGCUUGCCGGCCUCGGCGAGACUGAGCAGAAGGAGCUGCUCGGCGAGAAGCUCUUCGAGAUGAUCACCGAGGAGAACGCCGGCAUCACCGAGGACCACGUCUGCCGCAUUGUUGGUAUGCUCAUCUACGACAACCCCACCUCGGAGGUCCUGAACUACGUCGACGACGCGGCCGCCCGCGCUGUCUUCGUCAAGGAGGCCACCGUGGCCCUGGAGAAGGAGGAUGCCGAGACCGCUGCCAAGGAGGCUGCCGCCCCGGCCGAGGAGACCCCCGCCACUGAGGCCUAAAUGUGCCCAGCAUCGCCCCCCCCCUCUCUCUCUCUCUUCGCCAUUCACCCGCCUCCCCUCCUCCUGUUAUUCGCCUACAUAGGAGGAGGGGGGGUUGACGGUGGGAUGGCGCUGGGAGCGACGCGUGUGUGUGUGUGUGUGAGUGUGC